AUGCCGGCCAUACUCGAUAUUGAGGAGAAAUUUCGAUGUAAGUCAUAUCGUCAUGGCGCCUUCCUUUGUUUAGGACUUGCUCGAGUUGCGAUGCAAGAUUGCCAUCACCGCAUUUGUUUCGCCUGCUUGGCGCAACGGGUUCAAUAUGCCAAUCAACAAAAUGAAGUGCCAAAUUGUGCUCAUUCCCAGUGCGCCAACAGGCUCACGCGCUCCAAAAUGAUGCGCAUCGCUGAAAAGUACCCAAAUAUGGGCAACGAAUGCAAA